AUUUCAUUAUAGAUAAAGAAGAACAUGAAAUCCCAAUUAAACAUAAGAGACUCCAGUGACAACUCCAUUUUCCACACCAAUCUUGAGACUGAAAUAUUUCAGUGGCGUGCGGAAUUGAGAAGAGCUGAAUAUCUUUCCAACCCUUUCUCCUCCAACGACCAUACCUCUCUGUCCAACAAAUCGCUAGAUAAAGAACUCAUAAAUUUCUCUCAAAAAUGUAAAAACAACCGACAACAUUAUAUUCAAGAAGUAUCCAACAAUAAUUCAGUGAAACUAUCCCUUUCUCAAGAGCCUAUUUUUUUUACAACUUUUGAACGCACACAGUUUCAUUCCAUCGAGAGUAGAACAAAACCUGAAAUAGCUGCCAAGAUUGAAGAACAAAUUGAUAAGCUACUUGAUUUGGAUUUUGAAGCUGGAGAAGACAGGAGUGUACAAUGGCAACGACAUAUAAAGAAUGGUGGAAAAAAAUUGUAUAUAAAUUUCUACAAAGAAUUACUUGAAGUUGUAGAAAGUUUGCUAGACGUUAUGAAGGACGAAGGUAUAUAAUAUAUUCAUACCUUUUUCAACAGUGUAUUUUUUCUCUUGUACACCGAGUCAUGUCGUUUUUUGGCGUCUUCUAUGAAGGUAUUGCACGCGGGCCCACUUCUGACUGUGCCCCUCUUCUUUUGGCCUUUGUUGUUCUUUCCCGGAUUUACCUUAGCAUUCUAUUUCAUAUUAUAACCGCUUGUAUUAUACUUUCAUUUAAUUACGUUUUAAUAUAGUAAAUAAAAAUUAAGAAAAUUGGGGGGAGGGGGUUAUUGCAAAAGUAUAGUUAUUUUAAUGAAAUUAUGGAAUAUAAAUAGAUAUUUUCUUAUCUUACUUCAAUAUAAUACAUAUUAAAUCCCUUGCCUUCUUUAAUAGAAAAAUUAUUUGAAAAACCUAAAGGGUUACAAAGACAGUAAUUUUAAUACUAGUGUUCUUCCAUAGAUUCUGAUCCGGAAGAUGAAGAUUUGGUUGUUUCUGUACCAACACUUUAGUAUUCACUGUGCAUUUCCUGUAUAUGGAGACUAGGGCUUGCAAGGCACAUGUACUUCAAAUUGUGAGUGUUGUCAUGGAUUUUAUACCUAUAAACUGGUACUUUUGGUGACAGUUUCUUAUGGUUUUGUACAAUAUAUACAUUUAUAAAUGGCUAAAAAAUUUAUGAAGGCAAUGAUGGACCUUUUCAAUAUCGGUGCUCAAUAAUCUGUUACGUCAUAUAGAAAAAAUAUUUCUACUUACCAUUAUGCGAUCUUCUUGUUUUUCUGCAAUCUGUGAAUAUUUACACUUCCCCCGGAUAUUGUUUAAAAUUUCAAUAAGUUGAGCGCCCCACACGCAUCGCUUUUAUACCUUUAUUUCAGUGUGUGAGUAUUUCUUACGCACGGAUGAACUUGUUGACAAGUACUCAUAAUGCGACUCUCUCGUUUUUAUUUUUAAUAAUUUUAUUUCAAAUUUUCACACAUCAAAUAGCUUGAUCAAGCUAUUCUUAAUAGCUUUAUCAAGCUAUAUAGC